AUGGGAAAAUUGAAAUAGAUGAAUUUUCAAAAUCUUUAGAAAGAGUAGGAAUACUAGUUUUAAAUAAACAAGAAUUAAUAGAUUUAUAUAAUUAUUAUGAUAAAGAUGGUGACGGUGUAUUAGAUUAUAAAGAAUUUGUUAACAUAUUAUUUAACCCAAACUCUUUAUAAUCAUAAAAGUAUAAUUUAAAAAAAUAAAUUAAAUAUAAAUUUAUAAAAAUAAAAGUCAAUAGCCUUAACAUUCAAAGUAAUAAAAUAAUAAUCAAUAAUCUACAGGUGCAGAUAAUCAAUAAGCUUCUUUUUUGAAAUUUUAAUCAAAGUUACUUUCGAGGGGAGGGACAGGAAUACUAGGAUUAGGUAGAUAGUUCAGAGUAUAAUAUCUAUAUAAAAAAAAAUUGUUAAAAAAAAAAUAAAGAUUUUCGAUGAUGACAAUUCAAAGGAUUUAAAUAUAAAUGAAUUCCGUAAAGCUGUAAAAGAUAUCCAAGUAGAUAUUACAGAUUAAUAAAUUCAAGAAGUAUUUGAAUAUUUUGAUAAAGAUGGUUCUGGAAGCAUUAAUUACGAUGAAUUUCUUUUAACAGUAAGAGGUCCUAUGAAUUUAAAAAGAAGACGCUUGGUUUAAUAAGCUUUCUAAAUUUUAGAUAAAGAUGGAUCCGGAGUUGUUGAUUUAUAUGAUAUAAAAUAAGCUUAUAAUGCUAAAAUGCACCCUGAAGUAAGAAGUGGAAAGAGAACUGAAGAUUCAGUAUUGUUAGAGUUUAUAAAUACAUUUGAAUCUUAUACUGGGUUUAGAGGAAUUAAAGAUGGACAAAUAACUUUACCUGAAUUCGAAGAUUAUUAUACUUUUAUUAGUGCUUCUAUUGAUAGAGAUGAUUAUUUCGAUUUAAUGAUGAAUAAUGCUUGGAAAAUGAAUGAAUUUGCGAACAAAAAUUUAAAUACUAAAGGAUGGACUGGAGAUAAUUAAUAAAAAAAUACAGUUUAAGAUUACUAUAAUUAAAAUUUAUAAAACAGAUAAUAAUAAUAAGCUUAAAAUAAAAAAAAAGAUAAUAAUUUUAAUGAACACCCUGAUGUUAAUAAUUAUUAUGUCAAAAAUCCUAGAUUAAGUUAAUAAGCACAAGAAUAUUUUAAUUAAUUUAAAACAAAAAUAAUUACUAGAGGUACUAGAGGUAUUUAUAGUCUACGAAGGCUUUUUAGAAUUAUAGAUGAUGACAACAGCAAAAACCUUAGUUUGGAAGAAUUCGCAAAAUGUUGUAAGGAUUUAAGAAUGGGAUUAAAUGAAUAAUAAUCUUAGCAUCUAUUUGAUUAUUUUGAUAGAGACGGAUCAGGGGAAAUUAGUUACGAUGAAUUUUUAAUUUCUAUAGUUGGUGAAAUGAACAGAAAUAGAAAAAAUCUUAUUUAAUAAGUAUUUAAUAAACUUGAUAGAAAUAAAAAUGGGUUUAUUGAAUUGGAUGAUAUUAUUGGUGUUUAUAAUACUAAACAGCAUCCUGAUGUUAUAAAUGGAAAAAAACAUGAAGAAGAAAUUCUCGGAGAAUUUUUAGAUACUUUUGAAUAACAUCAUGCAAUGCUAAAUGGUGAUUAAAGUCUGAGAAAUAGAUCAGUUACUUAAGAAGAGUUCUAUGAAUAUUACAAUAAUGUUAGUGCAUCUAUUGAUGAUGAUAGAUAUUUCGAAUUAAUGAUAAAAAAUGCUUGGAAAAUAUGA